GUACAAUAUUUAUGUUGUUUACUUAAAAUACAAAGUAUUUAUGUUAUACAAUAUUUACUUAAAAGUAUUUGUAUUUGUUUCAGGGUCUGGUCAAUGUGUUUGAUGAGGAGUAUCCUUCCUUUGAGCAUAGAUUCUGUUUAAGGCAUCUUUAUGCUAACUUCAAAAAGAAGUUUGGUGGAGGGACAUUGUUUAGGGAUCUAAUGAUGGCUGCUGCUAAGGCAACUUAUUAUGAGGCACAUGAGGCAAAGAUGCUCAUGAUCAAGGAAGCAAAUGUGGAUGCUUAUGAGUGGCUGCAGGCAAUCCCCAAACACAAGUGGUGUAAGCAUGCAUUUCCUUUCUACUCAAAAUGUGAUGUUUUAAUGAAUAAUCUUAGUGAAUCAUUUAAUGCUACCAUACUUUUGCAAAGAGACAAACCAAUUAUAACAAUGUUUGAGUGGAUCAGAAACUACUUGAUGGGUAGGUUUGCAACACUUAGGGAAAAGGUGAAUGCUUAUAAGGGUUAUGUAAUGACCAAACCAUUAAGGAGACUAGAUAGAGAAAUAGAGAAAAGUGCUAGUUGGAUAGCUACGUAUGCUGGUAGGUUAACAUUUCAGGUAACACAUGUGCUUUUCACUGAUAGCUUUGUAGUGGACCUAGAAAAACACACUUGUUCAUGUAACUAUUGGGAGUUGAUUGGGAUACCAUGUAGGCAUGUUGUAGCAGCCAUUCAUAGGAAAGUUGAUGACCCAGUUAAGUAUGUGCACAAAUGUUAUCUUAGGACCACUUAUGAACACUGUUAUAGUGAGGUGAUAACACCUUUGAAUGGGCAAAAUAAGUGGCCUAAGACAGCACAUCCUAUUAUCAUUCCACCAUUGUUCAAACGUGGCCCAGGGAGGCCCAAAAAACUACGCAGGAGAGAACCUGAUGAGGCAAAUCAAACCAAGUGGCAAAGAACAAAUACAUCCCACAGAUGCAAGAUAUGCUUUGUACUAGGUCAUAACAAGAGGACCUGCAAGAAAAAUAAGCAAAUAGUUGUUGUAUCUGCUGCAAGAACAUCACAAGAGGCUCCAACACAAGAGGCUCCAACACAAGAGGCUCCAACACAAGAGGCUCCUACUCAGGCUAGUCAAACAAGCAAAAAAAGGGGGAGGCCUACAGGGUCUAUCAACAAGAAAAAGAAAGAUAAAGUGGCACCCAAGACAAAAAAAUCUAAGACUGUUGAACCAGAAUGUGAUGCAGCUGCAAAUGCUGUUCCUGAUGCAGUUCCUGAAAAGGAUGAUGUCCAAGCUGAUAUUCCUAUGCAAGAUGAUGUUCCAGUUCCUGAUUCUGUUCCUGAAAAGGCUGAUGUACAAGCUGAUAUCCCUGUGCAAGAUGCUGACCCUGUUCAAGAUGAUGUUCAAGAUGCUGUCCCUGUACAAGAUGAUGUUCAAGAUGCUCCCAAUACUGACAUCAAUGAUUCACAGUCGUCUCUUAAAAAGUAUUGUGGUAUAGAUGCUGAAACAUUGGCUAAGAUUCUUGAUGAUGAUGAAAUUCUAGAUGUUCAACCAUUGAAUGUUGACACAUCUCCUGUGAAAAGAACAGUCAAAACUUUUGUUGGUAAAGCUCCAAAGGUGGUCAAGAAAACUUCCAAAUCCACUGCUUCUUCUUCAUCCAGGCCAACAUGUUCAGAACCUGUCAAAAAACCAAUCCAGAAGCAUAAGCCCAAGAAGAUUGUUGAUAUGGGUGUUCAAAAAAGGCAGAGUGACAGACUUAGGACCAUAAAAACAAAGAAUAUACCUGGCCCUGGAAAGAAGCCUGAUGACCCUUUGGUCAUUUAUGAAGAUGAAGCAACCUCAGACCAAUCCAUGGGUGGGAAGCAGUCAGAAGAUUGGGAGGCCAUUUGCAAAAGGAUGACUCAGUAGGAUGACUUAGUGAUGCCAUGUUGUUUAGUUUGAAUGAACUCAGUAGGAAAAAUGUUAUGUUUGUAAUGUUAGUGAGGCUAGUCCUCUAACUAUUUUCAUGUUACUGCUAUCUGCCUUGUGUUUUGUGAACAUAUGUAUCAAAACUAAUGUUAUGUCAAUGGUUUU